GUUUACUUGGCUUGCUCAAAGAUGUUCGUAAUGCAUGCUUGCGGUGAUUAUUAGAGACUACUCCAUUGCUACCCCGGUUUCAAUAACGUUCAACCAGCAUAUGCUCUGUAGAAGAGUUCUUAUUAAUAUGAUUUACGGAUGUCUGAGCUUAUUGGAGAGUGUUACCAUACUACGAUUCAUUAUUGUUUCUUGUCAGAAUGUCUACAUGCUAUAUAGUAAUUCCUGACAGUAUAAAAGUAUCGUUCUGGACAAAGACAGCCAUAGUUUUUACUUCAGUCUUCAAAUUACUAUGUAGCCCUUUUGACUUUCAUUAGCUAAUAAACAUUUUUAAAACGAUAUAACGGUCUUGGUGCUCGACUGAUAGCGGAAUGAUAUGGAAAGUUAUAUGGCAGCUGCUUAAGCAAUGUCGACAAAAAAACAUAGCGUUUGGAUCAAUGUGGUGCAUGGUAUGUCACCAUCAAGGACUAGGCCUAGUUC